UGUGUUUGGUAUCCUUUGGCUUCCUAGAGGUGUUCUACGUGCUGGUGGAGAGGAGUGCAGAGAUACACCAACACAUGGUCUUCCUGCUUAGCCCCGUUAUACGCAGCCUUACUAUGCUCCUGGCAGUGUGUGUGAUCCAGUGGGAGAGGAUGAAGGGAUGUCGUUCUUCCGUUCUUCUCUUCCUCUUCUGGACUCUGGCAGUGGUCUGCUCCCUCGUUCCACUCAGAGCCAACAUACAGCAGAUCAUAGAAGAGGGGUUCUUCACAGACGCGAUGCGCUUCAUAGCAUUCUUCGUCUACUUCUCCCUGCAGCUGACUCAGCUCAUCCUCAGCUGCUUCUCUGACCAACGCCCCAGCACAGACACACACACCUACAGAAAGAACCCCUGUCCUGUGGAGGACGCCUCCUUCCUCUCUAAGAUGCUCUUCUGGUGGUUUGGAGGGUUGGUUAUUAGGGGUUAUCGUACUCCCCUGCAGGCAGAGGAUCUCUGGUGUCUUAGAGAAGAAGACUCCUCAGACUGUAUCAUAGCAGACCUGGAGAUUGACUGGGCCAGAGAGUGUACUAAACUACAACAAAAGGAGGAGUGUAGUCUGUCUGGCUGCCGUCCUACAGGUCCCAAACUGACAGAACAAACCCAGCUGUUGAAGAAGCUGAGACAGGAACAGAACUCAGGGUUCUGUCUCUUCAGAGUUCUGGCUCGGAGCUUCGGACCUUUCUUCCUCAAAGGGACCCUCUUCCUCGUCUUCCACGACGCCUUCAUGUUCUCCAUACCACAGGUGCUCAGCCUCCUCCUGGGGUUCAUGCGUGACCAGGACAGCGACCUGUGGAAGGGCUUCAUGUUUGCCUUCCUGUUGUUCCUCCUGUCCAGCCUCCAGUCCCUGUUCAACCAUCAGUACAUGUACUCCUGCUUCACCGUGGGAAUGAGGGUGAAGACCGCUGUCAUGGGCUUGGUCUACAGGAAGUCUCUAGUGAUCAGCAGUGCAGCGCGGCAGUCCUGUACCGUGGGAGAGAUUGUUAACCUGGUGUCAGCCGACACUCAGAAGCUCAUGGACAUGGUGGUGUAUUUUAACGCUGUGUGGGUGGCGCCCAUUGAGAUAGCUCUCUGUCUCUACUUCCUGUGGCAGCUUCUGGGUCCGUCAGCCCUAGCCGGCAUCGCCACGGUGAUCCUUAUCUUUCCUCUCAACGGCUUCAUCGCCAAGAUGAGGAGCAAGCUGCAGGAAGUCCAGAUGUGUUAUACAGACAGCAGGAUCAAGCUGAUGAAUGAGAUCCUGAGUGGGAUUAAGAUCCUGAAGUUCUACGCCUGGGAACAGGCCUUCCUGGAGAGGGUUCUGGGUUACCGGGAGAAAGAACUCAAUGCCCUGAAGAGAUCCCAGGUCCUUUACUCCAUCUCCAUCGCCUCCUUCAACUCAUCAUCCUUCCUGAUAGCGUUCUCCAUGUUCGGCGUCUACGUCGUCGUCGACGACAGGAACAUCCUCGACGCCCAGAAGGUGUUCGUUUCCAUGGCUCUCAUCCACAUUUUGAAGACGCCCCUCAGCCAGCUGCCCUUCGCUAUGAGCACCACCAUGCAGGCCGUUGUCUCUCUGAGGCGUCUGGGAAAGUUCCUGUGCCAGGAUGAGCUGAAACCUGACGACGUAGAUAGAGAACCAUACAGCCCUGAUGGUGAUGGGGUAGUGAUAGACAGCGGUACGUUUGGCUGGUCUAAGGAAGGUCCUCCCUGCCUGAUGAGGAUCAACGUGAGGGUGAAGAAGGGGUCUCUGGUAGCUGUGGUGGGACAUGUCGGGAGUGGGAAGUCCUCCCUGCUAUCAGCCAUGCUUGGGGAGACAGAGAAGAGGAGUGGUCACGUCUCAGUCAAGGGCUCUGUGGCCUAUGUACCUCAGCAGGCGUGGAUCCAGAAUGCCACGCUGAAAGACAACAUAGUGUUUGGUCAGGAGAGGAAGGAGAGCUGGUACCACAGAGUGGUGGAGGCCUGCGCCCUGCUGCCAGACCUGGAGAUCCUGCCUGCUGGAGACGGCACUGAGAUCGGGGAGAAGGGUCUGAAUCUAUCAGGUGGUCAGAAGCAGAGAGUCAGUCUGGCCAGGGCCGUGUACAGGAAGGCUGACGUCUAUCUCCUAGACGACCCUCUGUCUGCCGUCGACGCCCACGUGGGUCAACACAUCUUCGAGAGGGUGUUUGGUUCUGAAGGACUGCUCAAAGACCAGACUCGUGUCUUGGUGACCCACGGUCUGAGCUUCCUGCCCCAGGCAGAUCUGAUCCUGGUGAUGGUGGAGGGAGAGAUCACUGAGAUGGGCUCCUACCUGGAGCUGAUGGCACGGGACGGGGCCUUCGCUGAGUUCAUAAGACUCUUCGCCGGGAACGAGCGCAAGGAGCGCUCACACAGAGGAACCAGGAAGUCGGUAUCUCGUCUGAGUAUGACAGACUUUUCCAUCGAUCUUUCUCAGGAGCAGCUCAUUAGUGGAGACAUGAUGAGUAGUGCCAGUAUUCAGACCAUGGAGGCCAUCUCAGACACAGAGGACCAGAAGCAGGAAGUCCUGGGGAAACUGACAGAGGUUGACAAGGCCAACACAGGAAGAGUGAAACUAGAGAUGUAUGUGGAGUACUUCAGGACCAUCGGUCUGGCUCUGAUCAUCCCCAUAGUCUUCCUGUAUGCGUUCCAGCAGGCCGCCUCCCUCGCCUACAACUAUUGGCUUAGCGUCUGGGCCGACGAUCCAAUCAUCAACGGCACCCAGAUUGACACAGACCUGAAACUGGGCGUGUUCGGAGCCCUGGGGUUCGCUCAAGGUGUGUCUAUCUUUGGCACCACAGUGGCCAUCUCUCUGGGGGGGAUAAUCGCUUCUCGUCACCUCCACCUAGACCUCCUCAACAACGUCCUGCGUUCCCCCAUGGCCUUCUUCGAGGUCACACCCUCAGGGAACCUGCUGAACCGCUUCUCCAAGGAGGUGGAUGCCAUUGACUGUAUGAUCCCUGAUGGUCUGAAGAUGAUGCUGGGAUACCUGUUCAAACUGCUCGAGGUCUGCAUCAUCGUUCUGGUGGCCAUGCCCUUCGCUGGGGUGGUUCUGCUGCCGCUCACACUGCUCUACGCAUUCAUACAGAGUUUUUACGUGGCAACAUCGUGCCAGCUCCGCCGGCUAGAGGCAGUCAGUCGUUCUCCCAUCUACACCCACUUCAAUGAGACGUUCCAGGGGGCCAGUGUGAUCAGGGCCUUCUCAGAGCAGGAACGCUUCAUCCUGCAGGCUAACGGACGCAUUGACCACAACCAGACAGCGUACUUCCCCCGCUUCGUAGCCACCAGGUGGCUGGCGGUGAACCUAGAGUUCCUGGGGAAUCUGUUGGUACUGGCAGCAGCCACCUUAGCUGUGAUGGGCAGAGACACACUGAGCCCUGGUAUAGUAGGACUGGCUGUGUCACACUCACUACAGGUGACAGGUAUUCUGAGCUGGAUCGUGAGGUCCUGGACUGAUGUAGAGAACAACAUUGUGUCCGUGGAGAGAGUUAAGGAGUACGCUGACACACCAAAGGAGGCUCCAUGGACCAUAGAAGGCAGCAUGCUCCCGCUGGCCUGGCCCACCCACGGUACCAUAGAACUGGAGGAAUUCGGACUGCAGUACCGUAAAGGACUGGACUGGGCCCUGAAAGGAAUUUCCCUCAGCAUUCAGGAGAAAGAGAAGGUUGGGAUAGUGGGCAGGACUGGAGCAGGGAAGUCGUCCCUGGCAUUGGGAAUAUUCCGGAUUCUGGAAGCAGCGAAGGGAGAUAUCUAUAUAGACGGGAUAAACAUCGCUCAGAUCGGACUGCACGAGCUACGCUCCAGGAUCACCAUCAUACCACAGGACCCAGUGUUGUUCUCUGGGUCUCUGAGGAUGAAUCUGGACCCCUUCGAUGGCUACUCUGAUGAGGAGGUGUGGAGAGCCCUGGAGCUCUCCCAUCUCAAGAGCUUUGUGUCGGGCCUGCCGGACAAACUCAACCACGAGUGUUCAGAGGGAGGAGAGAACCUCAGUCUGGGUCAGCGCCAGCUGGUGUGUCUGGCCCGAGCCCUCCUGAGGAAGACGAAGAUCUUGGUUCUGGAUGAGGCCACGGCUGCUGUGGACCUGGAGACAGACAACCUGAUCCAGUCCACCAUCAGAACCCAGUUUGAUGACUGCACUGUCCUGACCAUCGCACACAGACUCAAUACUAUCAUGGACUACACCAGGGUGAUAGUGAUGGACCGAGGUCUGAUCACAGAGAUGGACUCUCCCUCCAACCUCAUCUCAGAGAGAGGUCAGUUCUACCUGAUGUGUAGGGAGGCUGGCCUGGUCUGAGCCCUCCCCAGCCAGGAGGCUCCUGAAUCGGGUAAACCCAGCCACGUCACCCCCUCCCCACCCCCAGGGCUGGAGGGGCCAGAUCAAACGGCCAGAGGCACUAAGGCAGUAAAUACUCUACUAAAGACAAAGAGCUACAGAAAUAAAACCCCUUUUCAACUCCUUUCAUUUUCAAAACAAACGUUGUGAAAGGAUAUGAGGAGCGAAGCGUGAAGACAGAAGAGGGAUGAGAAUGACGUAGGGCUGAUGUGGGGAUCGGAUGAUGUUUGAGGCUGUCUGUUUGCAUCCCAAAAGGCAGCCGAAUUAUGGGCCCUGGUCGAAAGUAGUGCGCUGUGUAGGGAAUAGGGUGCCAUAGGCUCUGGUCAAAAGUAGUGCACUAAAUAAGGAAUAGGGUGCCAAGGCCCUGGUCAAAAGUAGUGCACUAA